AUGAAAUUAUCAUUGUUGUUUAUAGCUGGUGCUUUAUCAGCAGAAUUGGUUGAAGAAAGAGAUAUCGUUUCUGAUGUUUUAGGUCCUUGGAUCAAUGAUAUUACAACUGGUACUUAUGCUACUCAAACUACUAGUGAAGGUUUAAUAUUCACUACUCCAACUACCAGAGUUACACGUGCAACCAGUGCUAAUGAUGAGUUCCCUACAUUCACUACACCUACCACAACCUCAUCAUCUACCACAGCUAGAGGGUUUUUCGAUGGAUUAUUUGCACCUGCUUCAACUUCCAGUUCCAGUUCAAGUGUUCCUUCAACAUUGAGUGAAUAUCCUUCGAAUUUACUUGUUUAUUUAACACGUUCAUCACAAUCAUCCCGUUCAUCAACUCGUUCCACUCGUUCAUCAUCAUCAUCAACUUCAGAAUACCCAUCACAAUUACUUGCAUAUUUGACUAGAGAUGCUUCCAGUGUCGCGUCAAGUGUCGCAUCUGAUAUUUCCAGUGUCGCAUCAGAAAUAUCCAGUGUGGCAUCUAGUGUUGAAUCAAGUAUAGAGUCUUCAAGUUCAAGUUCUAGAUCUAGAUCAACUAAAGCAACUACCACAGAAUCCAAUGAUCUUUUGCAAUAUUUAACUGGUUCAGAAACUUUCUACCCAUCAAAUUUGGUUGCUUAUAUAAAUUCUAGAACAACCAGAGGUUCAUCCAAUGAUACCACCCAAACCACCGUUGCUGCCCAACAAACGGUUGUAACUGGAAGUAUUUCCUUCCAAUCUACAGUCAGUGAUACCAUGUCUUCAGAAGACGCAGCAAAUAGAUUAUUAGGACCAGUUUUAGGAUCUAUGGCGGUGAUAUUAAUCUCCUUGAUAUAG